GAAUCUAAAUUAUUCGAUUCUAUUUUAAAGACAUCAAUGCGGUAGUACCCUGCCAUCGGUUUCUCUGACGUUUGCUGUUUGCACUUGCAGUUCUGAGUUCUGAUCGUGACUUCCGUCGGCACACGAACGUAACGAUACGAGCCGAUUCGGAGUUGUCUGCUUCGGCCUACUGAUUUCAAACCGCCGAGCAUCCUCCUUGUCAGACAAGUUUUUUCUCUUACAGUCUUACGCACAGUUACGUAAUCCAGUGAUCUUCACAGAGUGGAAACGCACCUUUUCCGCUUCCUCUGCGCCCAUAGCAUCCGCCAUCGCCCUGUUUCCUUAUUCCCCUGUGCGUGCGCUGAUUAAUGUUUCUCGCGUGACACACCGUUGUAAUCCCUCCAUGAUUAUCGCCGUCACCGAUGUUAGCGGAUAAUAAUUACAUCCUGGUGCCUCGUGAUCCGUUGAAUCUAUGGUCGGAUUUGAUCCCAAACAGAGCGUUGUUCUGCCCCACUAUGUCUAUGGAAUAUGCGGAGCAUCUGCUGCGUUUCUCAGCCGGUUCUUCACGCAGCCGGUGGAUGUGUGCAAGAUCCGCUUCCAGCUGCAGAUUGAACCGAUCAGACGCGGUGAGAUUGCGUCCAAAUAUCAGGGACUGUCGCAGGCGGUGGGUCUGAUUGUGCGGGAAGAGGGCGUCCUCGCUUUAUGGAAAGGACUUCUGGCUGCUCAACUCCUGUCCACUGUCUACGGUCUGGUACAGUUUGGCACCUUUGAGCUGCUGAACCGCGCCCUGUGGACGCUGCGGUGGACGGAUAAUCCGCGUGAUCCCUUCCUGUAUUUCCUCUGUGGCAGUGUGUCGGGCGUGGCGGCCACGGUGGCCGCACAGCCGCUCGAUGUGGUCCGUACCCGUUUCGUCUCGCAGGGACGCCAGAAGGUGUACAACUCUUUGUGGCAGUCACUGACUCUCCUCCGCCGUCAGGAGGGCCUCCGCGGCUUCUACCGCGGUCUCGUCCCGGCUGUGAUCCAGAUAGUUCCUUACAAUGGAGCGUCCUUUGCAUUUUACGCCCAGUUUCAGUCUAUUUAUAGACGCUUCUCUGGCAAUACGUCCGCCCACAGCGAUGCGCUGGAAAGUUUGACGUGUGGUAUAUUUGCGGGUGGUGUGGCCAAAACGUUAAUCUAUCCGUUGGAUGUGUUCAAGAAGCGCCUGCAAGUGCAGGGUUUCGAGGAAGGACGUCGCGGAUUCGGCCGGAUGAUCUGCGUUGACAGUCUUCGUCAGUGCGUUGGUGAGAUGUGGCGCAUCGAGGGCCUCAGCGGAUUUUACAAAGGCUACAGUCCGAGCCUGAUCAAAGCGGCGCUGGCCACGGGGAUCAAUUUUUAUUGUUAUGAACAGUUUCUUAAAUUAUUUCGCACUUACUACGAGUCGAAAUGAACCUGGUUUGCCUUGUUGUUCUAGUUUGAAAUCUGCGCUGUGGUGGAAUGAUGUGUGAUACUUUAUUGAUACACCGAGUGUGUAAAUGUGUACGUUUGGCAGCGGUGAUGUUUGUUAGCAAGUAGCAGCUCUAGCACUAAUAGACAACUUAAUAAAGUUGUU